AUGACGGAAGCCCCUUCAUCUUGCUUAACUGCCCAAUUUAGUAGUACAUCGCAAGCUGAUUGUCUGUCGCGUCUGCCGAUUUCCUCACCUACUUCACGCCGGCAGAGUCGUAUCAUCAACGAGGACGAGGUUAUUCAAGUUCCUCCUCCAUCCUCUGCCAUCCCUCAAACGUCUCCUCCUAUGCGUGGCCUUUUGGGCUGGCUUCGGCGCAGUGUUGCCCAAACUACCGCCGGCCUCGAAGCUGAGGUUCACACAAUGGGGACGGUUGCAAUAGAAGCUCCUGAAGUGGGAAAAUCGAAUUCUUUGUCACCUAUAUCAACGCCUAUUACCAAAUCUAAAGAAGCUUCUGAGUCAGGACAGGAACGUUCGCGAAGUACUGCCAGGGUUGCGAGUGUGGGGCAAAGGGCCCAAUCUCUCUCUAGUCGAAGGGAGUCUAGUCAACAGGCUAAAGUUUUAGCUACAGGCUCUUUGAAUAAGCAGAAGCAUCGGAUCAGUCUAACCCUGCCCAACGGUGUGGUAACUGGGGAGGUUGCUAGGAGAUUGGAGUCUGAUGGACUCAGUGACUCUUCGCGACACAUCAGUCCGUUUAUCCAUAGCUCAAUAUAUUCUUCUUUACCACAGAAAGACACUUUAAAUGAACGAGUUUGCCCGCUUCCCAUCUCUCCGGUCACCCGACUACGCCAACCCAGAAACUUAGUUGGCUCUGAGUCGCCUCAACUGAAUGCUCAAUUGGUUAUGCAUCGUAAGAGCCGUGUGAUCUCUCUUGACCGCGAUAAUGAAGUUCACCAUUCCGUUUCCUCAGACAGCGUCACCUUGGGCUACAACAACGACGAAGCGGUAUAUAAAACAGCUAAUCUCAUUUACUUUCUUGUCCCAGAUUUUUUGCCGGAAUCACAAUUUCCAUUGGUGGUGGCUCGUCGAGGACCGCUGAUCGGGCCUUUGUGUCACUCGCUUGAAGGUUUGCUGGAAGACGACCUCUUAUGCUCGCCUGUCACUCUGAACAAAGUUCCUGGGCUGCCUGAAGUCUCUAUGAGCCAUUUGCCUCAAACCUGUUUGCCGUUUUUGUCACAAGAAUUAGCAGCAGCCUCUUCGUCUACUGUUGAUGCACUCUGUGUGACCCCAAGCCUUAGUGAAUCUGUGCAUGGUGGUGCGCUUGUCACCGAGACCGGGAUCGACGCUGUGGUCGCUGCCAAUGAUGAAAUGAGGAGCCAAUCGGAAUCUGUUGUUCUUAGACGAGUACCGAAACCUAAGGCCCCAAGGUCCUCUAGCUACAUUAAUGGCGUCCAGAUGAAUGUCGACCUUGAUUGCACUGAGAGCCAGAUCAGCUCUAUGGAUGCAUAUGUUCUGGCUGAUCUCGUCAGAAAGGUCAGCUGCUUUAUUUCUCGCAAUUUAUUGGUUUGA